CCUAAGCGCACACGUGAAAUAUUCGUAACAAGCAGCAGUAACACAACGUAUCCCUAGUUUGCUAAAUCUCUCUUCCCCCUCCCCGGUCCGUCUCCCAUCCUCAGUAAAGCAGUAGACACAGACGGCUGUUCGUAACUAAGUUCUUUCCAGAGACCUAUUAAGAGCAGUAAAAAAUGUCUAAAAAAGGUUUGAUGGAGCAGGACUUAAGCAAGCUGGAUGUGACAGAACUACAUCCACUCUCGCCUGAGGUUAUUUCUCGUCAGGCUACAAUUAACAUUGGCACCAUUGGUCAUGUGGCUCAUGGGAAGUCAACAGUGGUAAAAGCCAUAUCUGGAGUCCAGACCGUUCGUUUUAAAAAUGAGCUGGAACGAAAUAUUACCAUCAAGCUUGGAUAUGCCAAUGCAAAGAUAUACAAAUGUGAAGACGAUCGAUGUCCUCGACCUAUGUGCUUCAAGGCAUAUGGAAGUGGAAAAGAAGAUAGUCCAAUGUGUGAUGUUCCUGGGUUUGAAAACUCUAGGAUGAAAUUGCUAAGACAUGUCUCUUUUGUUGAUUGCCCGGGUCAUGAUAUUCUCAUGGCUACAAUGCUUAAUGGAGCGGCAAUUAUGGACGGGGCUUUGCUUCUCAUAGCUGCCAAUGAGAGCUGUCCCCAACCUCAGACUUCAGAGCAUUUAGCUGCUGUUGAAAUUAUGCGCCUUCAACAUAUAAUAAUUCUUCAGAAUAAAGUUGAUCUAGUUCAGGAAAAUGUUGCAAUUAACCAGCAUGAAGCCAUUCAGAAAUUUAUUCAGGGAACCGUUGCUGAUGGUGCACCAGUGGUACCAAUUUCUGCACAGCUCAAGUAUAAUAUUGAUGUUGUAUGCGAAUAUAUAGUGAAAAAAAUCCCCAUUCCAGAGAGGAACUUCAUUUCACCACCAAAUAUGAUUGUCAUCCGAUCUUUUGACGUCAAUAAGCCUGGGUCUGAAGUUGAUGAAAUUAGAGGUGGGGUUGCUGGUGGUAGUAUUCUGAAGGGUGUUUUGAAAGUGAAUCAAUUUAUUGAGGUCCGUCCUGGUAUUGUCGUGAAGGACGAAAAUGGUAACAUCAAAUGUACCCCAAUAUAUUCUAGAAUAGUUUCAUUAUAUGCGGAGCAAAAUGAAUUGCAAUUUGCUGUGCCUGGAGGCCUCAUUGGGGUCGGAACCACCAUGGACCCUACUCUUACACGUGCUGAUAGGUUGGUAGGACAGGUUCUUGGAGAGGUUGGUUCACUUCCUGAGGUGUUUGUUGAACUGGAGGUUAAUUUCUUUUUGCUGAGACGGCUGUUGGGUGUGAGGACAAGGGACUCGGAGAGGCAGGGUAAGGUCUCAAAGCUGACUAAGGGAGAGAUUCUUAUGUUGAACAUAGGAUCUAUGUCAACAGGCGCUCGAGUCAUUGCUGUCAAGAAUGUUUUUGCAAAACUGCAACUCACAUCUCCUGUAUGCACCAGCAAAGGAGAGAAAAUUGCCCUCAGCCGAAGAAUCGAAAAACACUGGCGUCUGAUUGGUUGGGGCCAGAUUCAAGCUGGUAUUACUCUUGAAGUCCCGCCUUCUCCAUUUAACUGAACUACUGGCCAUUACAGAGAAGCCAGAGAAACCUAAGCAAACCAGAAAAUUAUGGACUAGAUGUUGUCGGGCUGUUAUCAAUGGGUAACCAUUUUUGUUUGAUGGAGAAAAGGUUAUUUGGAGUUUCAGAUACUUUUAUUGCUUGUGGUAAUUUUCCCCCGUCUUUUUUUCCGUCGGAGUUCUUUAUACCUUGCUCGAAUGUGAUCUGGAUGUCGAGUUAUCAAACAAAGCUAUGUGCUUGUUCAAUGCCAUUACUGAAAUAAACUUAUCUAGUAUUAGAAUGUUUGACUAC